AUGCAGCUGUCAAUCCAAGCCAUUAUCGGCUUUGUUGUAGCCGCUGGCCUUGCUGUGGCCAGUGAGCUCCCCAGUCCUAUGACUGUUAACCUUGAGCGUCGCAAGAUGCUGGUAACCAAGAAUGACACUGUUGACUUUAAAGCCGUAAGGAAGCAAGCCAAUGCAUUGAACUAUAAGUACGACAAGCUGCUGAGGAACUUUAGGAAGAACACUGGUAGGGACCAUCCACUUCUUCAUCUGCUCCUCGAUUUGAUCGACAAGCGCGAUGGCAAAGGUGAUGUUGAUCUGGAUGAUAUUGGAGAGGGGCAGCUGUGGGCUGGCGACGUCCAAUUUGGACAAUCAAAAUUCAAGAUCGACUUUGAUACUGGCUCCGCCGACACUCUCGUGAAUCCCUUCGUGUAUUUCCCACACCGAUCCAAGUCUUCGAGAAAGACUCAUCACACGUUCAGCACAGCUUAUGGUGAUGGCACUACCGCUUCUGGUUUUAUCUAUACAGACGACCUUAAGAUUGGUGGCUACAAAGCCAAGGAUGUGGCUAUUGGUCUCUCAGUAACCAAAUUCAUUAACGAUGAAGACAACCAGGGCAUUGCUGGCAUGUCAUUCCCUGCUGUUCAAAGUUUUCCGAAAAAAUUUGAUCCUUUCUUUGUUGCCUUGGUAAAGCAAAAAGUGGUUCCAGAGCCAGUUUUUCAGUUUACUCUAAAGCGUGGCUCAGGCUCAACGCUCCAUUUGGGUGGAAUUGACAAUUCCAGGUUCCAGGGCGAACUUUCUUACGUUGAUGUCAACCCAGAAGAUGGUUUCUGGAUUUCAGAGGGUAAAGUGAACGGCAAGAAGAUUGAUGCGUGCAUUGACACCGGUUCAUCGAUCAUUUUUGGCCCAAUUGACGAAGUCCGUGAGGUUAUAACUAAGAUGGACGGCGUGACACCUUUUACCGCGGGAGGAGCUUUGCACGGCGCAUUCGAUUGCUCCAAACCUCCCAAAUUGGAUUUCGAAUUUGCUGGCCAGAAGUUCAACCUGGGUGAGAAUCAAGUAUCGUUCGGAAAGUACCAGGGUCAGUGUGUUUUGAGCAUCAUGGGACAGAAAAACCUUCCUAUGAAUGCCUGGGUUGUUGGUGACUCUUUUCUGCAAACUGCCUCAGUUGUUUUUGAUAUGGGCAAGAACCGCAUGGGUUUCGCCCCCAGUUCCAAUUAA